CCAAUUCUUGUUAUCUCAUUCAAACAUAUGCUGAACUCUGUAACGUAGAAAGGACACAAAGAAACAUUUUCAUGUUUAAUUUAUACGUUUUGUCAAAGUCGUCAAAGUCAAAACGAAAUAGUUUAUGGUUGCCAUUUUGUUUUGCGAAAACGACGCUUGUUAGAACUUGUUAGUGAGAUUACUAUUAGAAAGUGAUUUGUGAAUAAAUCUACGAAUGUUAAUAUAGAAAAACGCUAACGUAAGAUGAAUUCGACAAUAUCUGAUGAUUUAUCCCGUGAGCAUUUAACUUUUGAAGCAGUCAAGUGUUUAAAAAAUAUAUCUUCGAAAACGCAAUCAGUGACAUUAUUGCACAAGGAACUGUUAGAAAUAAACUUAUCAAUAACUGCUUACAUUCAAGAAAGUAAGAAACGACUUGCAAGGCUUCGUCUAGACUUGGCACACGACGCAAAGAAUUCUCAAAAGGUCGUUGAAAUAUUAUCUGAUAAGUAAAAUGUCAUCACCAGCAACACCUUGUAAACGCAAACCAAACCAGUCUAAAGUUAAAAAAACACCUCCAGAACAUAAUAACAAUACCAGUAACAAGUUUUCUGAGCGUCAGCAGGCUCGAUCAUUCAUCACAUGGUAUAAGCGCAUGAUCGACAAUGAAAGAUACAACUUAGCCCUGUACCUAUCUGAUGAUGCAAUGCUGGAAUGGUUUGGCCGAACUAUAAAAACAAGAAAGAAAGUUACAGCAUUCCUAAAAUAUGAUAUGCAAUGUUCUCGCCAUGAUUUCACAUCUGUUGAAAGCAUAGACAAGAUCCAAACUAGACAAGAAACUUUGCAGAGAAAAAAUGACUCAAUCCUGGCUAGUCCACACCAUUCACCUGAAAUUAUCAAGACUAAAGAAAGAAGUCACAAGAGGAGACUGCUUAGGUCUAACUGCAACAGCCCUGAAUGGGCUGAGGGUUGCCAGCCUCAAGAAGAAAUUAGCAUAGACAAUAACCAAAAGACUGACAACACUGGCCCUGAUGAAGGAAAAGUUAGGAAAACAGAUCACAAUCCCCUCAAAAGAUCAUUCCCUGAGGACAAUUCAGAAAUAAGUAGCAAAGGUGAUGGCAUGCGUAAGGUAAAGAGGAAGUGUGUGUCAAUCACACCUCCCAACCUUGAAGUGGGGCAGGGUGACUGUCUACCCUCCACCAGUGGCACAGAUUCUGAUAGAUCACAUGAUGCACUCAAUGCUCAGUUGCCUAAGUUAGCUGUAGAAUGUAAUGGUUACAUAGAAUUUACUAGAACAAGGAACAAUCGGAGCACUGAAGCCAUGAAGUAUGAGAGGAAGUGUAAAGUACAAAUUAGUUAUUCUGAAGACCCUUUGAAUGUUGGAGAGUAUAUAAUUUGGGCAUUACGGUACACAGAUGAGAGUAAGUGCAGGAGGAAUUUGCUGGCCGCUUUUGAAGAAGUGGCCAAAGAAGAAGCCUUAAAGAAAGUUUAAAAAAAUAAUUUUACUGUCAAAUUUCAUAUGUAAAUAACUAAUGUUGCCAAGUUUGUAGUAAUUGUUAUGAAAUAGUUUUAAUAUUUGUUAUUUUAUGGCAAGGGCACUAGGUAUCAUUUUAAUUGUAAGAAGAGUUCCUACAAUUUUUGAAUUCAUUUAGUAAAAGUGAUUCCUAUUAUCCUUGCAACAUGAUAAUUUUAAGCAUACUAUGCAUGUUACUUUUAAUUGUACUUUAUAAGUGAGUUUGACAGUAAAAUUUAGAAAGAUGCAAUUUUUACAACUUGAAAACCAUGUGAUAUGAAGAUAUUGUAUUUUUCUAUGUUAUAGCUAUAUUUUUGUAUGUUUAUGAUACUGUAGUAUACAAUGUGACCAAGUUAUACCUCUUGACAUGAAUUUGUACUCUAGUAAUAAUUUUAUAAUAUGUUUUGUUACUGUAUUCUGUACUUGACCAAAGUUUUUAACACAUCUAAGAUUCUUAAGUGAAAAAGCCAAUAUGUUUAUAUUAAGUUUGCCUACUCUAUUGUAUUCACAAUGACUUAUACACCUAUAAUAAGUACUUUGUGGACUAAAAUAGAUUUAACAGUAUUACAAUUUAUAUACACAUUCCUAUUUGCCAGUGCACACAAUAAAAAAAGUAUAUUUUCUUUAUUUAAAAAUAGCUUUUACAUAGAACUAGUGUGUGUUAAAUUAUAAUUUUAUAAACAUUUGUGCAUACAACUUUCUGUGUUUUAUGAACAUCUGAUAAUGUUUUCUUCACGUAAGAACAGGGAACCAUCAUUUAAUGAAUAGUGAAGAUUUGAUUGGGACCAUUUUUAUUGGUAUGAUAGAUCUUGAUUGAUCUUAAAUUGAUGGUUCUAAUGUCUCAAAUGUAGGUACACUUAUUUUCUCUCAAUUCGUUUGCUUUUACCACCGACUUCUAGCCUGUAUUAAAUAGAAAUAGUCUGUAAUUACAAAGUUUAGAUUUUAGUAUUAAACAUAGUUUUACUCGAAUCCUUUUGUUAUGAAUGUCGUAAAUAUUUUAUGUCGAAUACGUUUCAGUUUUUGUUAGGACUAUAAUUCAGUAAAUAGUAAUAGCGAUAUUGCAACCUAUGUGCAAAAUAACUUUUUACGGUGUAAUGUAAAAUGUACUGCGCAAUUGGUAUUUUUAUUUAAUAUCAUGAAAUGAUCAAAAUGUUGGGUUCACAAAUCAUGAUUGUAUUGUAUGUUGCGCGUUUACGGGCCACGAUUUCAAAUUGCAAUUUCGUCAUGAAGUUUACAUUGUAUUGCGAGGGAUAUUUGAGUGACAUGUCGGUAUGAUAUUUGAGACUGUCUCGGGACAAUGGGUUCUUGGAACUAAAGUGGUCAUGACACAGCUUGUUGCUGUGCUCAAAGAGAAUAUAAUUUCUAGCUGUGUUGUACAAUGCUUCGGCAUCUGAUCGUGUCUACUAUCUAUCAUUUAUACGUUAGGAAUUCGGCAUAUACAAUAUUGUAAAUUAGAUGGCCAAUUAAUUGUUAGUUCUAAUUACUUUUAAGUUUUGUGUUGUUAAUUCAUUACUUGUGAAGUAAUGGCGAUGGGAAUAAUUUUGUUUUGAUUAUGCUAGAGAUGUAUAAUAAGGUAAAUAAAACUUGUUUAGAUAUA